AUGAUCUUGGCCCUCAGAACAUCUUUGUCUGCCCGCAGAGUUUUCGGAUCGUUGGUAUCAUCGAUUGAGAGUUUGCAGGCUACUUUCCGCCUUAUUUUGAGCUUCCCCUGUGGAGGGCCAGCGAUUGGGCUGAAGAGCAAGAAAUAUACAAUGAAGCUAAUUUGCGUGAACUCGGAUUUUUUGGGCUCAAGCCAGAGGACCUGGAAGACUUCAGUCUACCACCCCAGGAGCAUAAUGGUUAAGAUGGGGCGGUCAACGCGUCGCGAGUGGAAAUUGCCACAAGGUUUUUCGACGCAGCCACUGCGUUAA